CUCCAUCGACUCCUGUGUGUGAGAGCGUGCUGAUGGAUGUGAGAAGUGAAGUAUCCUAGAUUUGAUAACAUCAUGGAAUUAUUUUUCUAAGAACACCUGUAGAAAGAUUGUGCACUGGGGAACUAUUCUAAGAAGGACAAUAUCCAUAUAAAUGCAACGUUUUAUUUGGGAAAAAUAACAACAAAUGGUUAUCUUUACCUUCAUGGAUGUCGAGGACAUUAGUGAAAACAAUCUCCAACACUGAUGGCAGUGUUCUGCAAUUUGCAUCUAUGUUUUUGGACUUUUCAUAAUACCAAGACCGUAAGCUCUUCUUCUUCUUCUUCGGGUGUCUUCUGAAAUGCGUUAGAGGAGCUGAAAGGAAGGGGAGAAGGACAACACUAUGAGGGGGAAAUACUUUCUGCUCGGUUACUUGUUGGUCAAAGUUAUAGCGCUGGUCUGCAAGGCGGACGGAGAACCAGGACAACUGGAUGGCUUUGUCAUGAUGACGACCUCCAACGGAUCUAGGGAGGACGAGGGCGCAGGCUUCUCAGAGCCCCCACACACGGAGGACCGGUGCCGGGGAUACUAUGAUGUGAUGGGCCAGUGGGACCCGCCGUUCGUUUGCAAAACGGGCGAUUAUCUGUAUUGCUGCGGCACCUGUGGCUUUCGGUUCUGCUGCUCCUACAAGACCUCGCGGCUGGAUCAGAGCACCUGUAAAAACUACGACACUCCGGUGUGGAUGAUGACAGGUCAAACCCCGUUUAAGAAAAAUGACCUCCGGCACGACCCCACCAAAGAUAAAACUAAUUUAAUCGUGUAUAUAAUCUGUGGAGUAGUCGCUAUCAUGGCACUUGUUGGGAUAUUCACCAAACUCGGCCUGGAAAAGGCGCACCGACCCCAGAGAGAGAAUAUGGCUAGGGCUGUCCAAAGCGUGUUACAGGUCGGCUGUCCAGGUGAGCAGUUCCAGGGGGAGGACACCCUUGGCAUGCAGGCACAGCACUAUGACACAAGGGCCAACAACCUCCAGGGAGGUCAGAUUAACAACACCGUGGGCCAGCCACACCCCUACCCUGCUUUGAGCCAGCUGGCUCAUGUCUAUGAACAGCAACAAACUGGGAAGGAACUCAACAAGUAUGCCUCGCUCAAGCUCGUCGCGGCCAAGGCCAACGGUGACUUCUACAACAAGCGGCGUCUGAUGGUGGAACUGCCAUCUGAAGGCGGCCUCCCCCUCCAACACAUGAACGCCAUGCGACCUAUGAACGCCAUGACCAACAACCCUAUUUCCCACAACCCAAUUAAUAACCCCACCAUGACCCACAAUCCAAUGAACAACCCUAUGGCCCACAUCAACCCCACUGCCCACAUCAAGCCCAUGGCCCACAACAACCCCAUGGCCCACAACAACCCCAUGGUCCACAACAACCCCAUGGCCCACAACAACCCCAUGUCUCACAACAACCCCAUGGCCCACAACAACCCCAUGGCCCACAACAACCCCAUGGCUCACAACAACCCCAUGGCCCACAACAACCCCAUGGCCCACAACAACCCCAUGGCCCACAACAACCCCAUGGCUCACACCAACCCCAUGGCCCACAACAACCCCAUGACCCACAACAACCCCAUGGCCCACAACAACCCCAUGGCCCACAACAACCCCAUGGCCCACAACAACCCCAUGGCCCACAACAUCCCCAUGGCCCACAACAACCCCAUGGCCCACAACAUCCCCAUGGCCCACAACAAUCCAAUGGCCCACAACAACCCAAUGGCCCACAACAUCCCCAUAGCCCACAAUCCCAUUAAUCCCAUCAGCCCCCUGGGCUCUCUGGGCCCAGAGCCCGUGGCCACCUACAUCACAGAGAUGCCCAGCAGCUUGCCCAUUCUAUCCAGCACCCACCAGGGCUCCACCAUGCCAGCUGCGCCCAAGCAGAACGCACAGAAGCCCCAAAGACUCAGCAGCAGUGGCUGUGGUGGUGACAGAGUCAGUAAUAAAGGUUCAGGAGCCAUGACUAUGUCCAGCAUGACUAGAACAGGGACUUUCCCGGGGCCUCACCGCCACACCGGGACGGUUCCCGGGCCUCACCACCAACAACAACACCACCACCAACAUCAAGAGCAACAACACCACCCACUGGCCUACAGCUCCAACACCAUCGCAGCCCCCAGGGGGAUGGUGGGAGGGGUGGGUCUGAAGGGCUGGGACGGGACUGAGACGGUAGGCAGGAGGAAGGGUUACGGCUCCAAGAGGCCCCAGUGUACUGCGGAGCAGAUCAACAAGCUGCACAGUCAGUCCCGCUCCCAGAGCCACAGUCAGCACUUCCUGCCCACUCAGCCUUACUUUGUGACCAACAGUAAGACGGAGGUAACUGUGUGAGAGAGUGGGAGAAGGGGACGAAGGUUGCCCAAAGCAGAGUCACCCAAUAGACAAAGAGGGAGAGGACAGAGAUGGUGGUGUGUAAGGCCCAGGUUGUUUUGUGUCUUUCUGGGAGCGGGGGCCAGAACAGUGCAUCCUGGUGGUGUGGCAGUGUGCUUGCGUGUGCCGUCCAGUAUGAGUGUGUAACUGCACAUGUGACUGUCAGUCAAUCCUACACAGAUCCUCAGUCAGAGGGCAAAGGGGGCGGGAUUGUAUAACCAUGGCAACGUCCAACAGAAGUAUCAAAUUCAUUGUGUGUGUUAUAAUAUCUCCUGUGUAAUGACAACAUUAUCGACCAAUGACAGUGAAACGUGAAUCCAGCAACAGCAAAAGGAAACAUGAGAUUGCCAUGGAUUGCAUUACCAAAUCUGACAAGCAAUAUGAGAUCUAUGGACACCACAACAGCUGGGGCUAAAACAUUGAGCAGGGAAACGACAAACUGUGGGGAAAGGAAAAGACAUUCAUUAAAGAGGCUCUCUCCUACAAAGCCAUUGAAUCAGCCACAGUUUUGGGGUUAUGGGAUAUGGCUACGAACAUUAUGGGCUUUGUUCUGUGCUUGUAGCCUUGAGAAGUCUCUUGGUCAUCAACACAGAGAAUGGAGGCUGUUGUCCUGUAUAUUUGAUGUAGAGUACUUGAUCACAGCUGACCCGAAGGCAAGGAGGCUGAAGCAUCAUCUAGAGGAUAGUACUGUACUCCUGAAAGACACAUUAGUCCCAAUGCUGUUCUCACAUAGAAUCAGAGAGAAUCUGUGAUCCAAUAUUUAAAGAUGUGACUACAGACCAUGGCCAUCUGUAGUGAUACCAGCAAGCUUUUAUAUUCCCCUUUUUCUCUCUCUUUCAUUCUCUCUAUCCCUCUGAGAAAAGGCAACCUUCAGGUAAAGACAAGGUAAAGAGAGAGAAAGUGGUUCUGAAUUGGUUUUGUUCUACAGUGUAUGGCGAGGCCCUUGAUAAGAACUAUGAAACCCGAUUGAGAGAUAUCCCUCACCUGUAUUAUUGCGACACAGUAUUGUGAUUUAUAUAAUGUACCAACAUUUGUAUUUCUGUUUGUAUUUUUGUAUGACUGUGUCCUCUUGACCUUUGGCCAUCUCUUCACUCUGGUGUUUGUGGAAAAUACUGUUGCUAGGGCAUCCAAAUAUAUAAUGGUCUAAAAGUAGAAGAUAAAACCUCUUCAAGCAAAUCGAACAGUAAAAUCUAUACAAGCUGAAUUUAUAGUCCCAUUUCAUCCUACAGAAAGCAUACUGCAUUCAUGUACUUAUUGUAAACAUCCCCCAUGUAUUUCUGAUUGUAAACAUCCCCCAUGUGUUUCUGAUUGUAAACAUCCCCCAUGUGUUUCUGAUUGUAAACAUCCCCCAUGUGUUUCUGAUUGUAAAUAUCCCCCAUGUGUUUCUAAUU